AGCACUUAGGAAUAACACGAGGUAUCGUCGUCAGUUCAUUCAACUUUGUUAAGAAGGGACGAAAUGCUGAAGUUUACGAUCAUUGCUAUUCUCCUGGGAGUGAGUUCGGCGGCUCCAGCGACUGAACCAGUGGCAGCUCCUCACAGCAAGCCCGAGGCGGUACCAGCCGCACCGGUCGCUUACAGUGCACCAGCUCCAGCAGCAGCAGCACCAGCGGCUCCGGUAGCUCCGAUUGCUUACAGCGCACAAGCUCCAGCAGCUGCGGCUCCGGCGGCGCCGUUAGCUUACAGCGCACCAGCUGGAGGAAUCGAGCCGAAAUCGGCUGAUCCAAGCCUCGAAGCCAAAGCAUCGCUCCAUCAGGAGGCACCUGCACAUGUAGCGCACAUCGCACCAGGAGGUGUUCAGGGGGAUCAACCGAUUCUUGCGCAGGCACCCGUUGAGGCUGUGGGACAGUCCGCUGCUAUCGCUGUUCCAGUGCCCUCAGCCAAACAGCUUCUACUCGCUGAGGCACCGCUGCUCAAAACACCAGCGUCUACCGCCAAAUUGACACCUCUGGCCGCGCCAAUAAUCGCACCAAUCUCACCACUCGCUUAUGCUGCACCUGGACCAGCCAUUCUCGCACCGUUCCCAGCUUGGAAUGGUCUCACCGCAUAUCCCGCGACUUACUCGAUUGAGCAGCACGGCUACCACAUUACCUACUGA